AUGCUUGGAUCUAAACCAGCUCUCACACCUACUGAUCCAUCUGUUAAAUUACAUGCUGAUAGUGGCAAGGCUUUUGAAGAUAUUGGAGCAUACAGUCGAUUGAUAGGACGUCUGAUGUAUCUUAACACCACACACCCAGACAUCACUUAUGCCACGCAACAACUUAGUCAAUUUCUGCACAAUCCAACAAUGGCACAUUAUCAUGCUGCCUGUAGAGUUAUUCGAUACCUGAAAAAUAGCCCUGACAGAGGAAUAUUAUUUCGAAGAAAUGCUGAACUGCAACAACUUGGUUUCUCAAAUUCUGAUUGGGCAGGCUGCAUUGAUUCAAGGAGAUCUAUUUCAGGAUACUAUUUCUUUCUUGGCACUUCGCUCAUAUCAUGGCGUACAAAGAAGCAGGACACCAUUUCCAGAUCAUCAUCAGAAACUGAGUAUCGAACACUGUCAUUUGCCACAUGUGAACUGCUUUGGUUGAUAGUUCUCAUGAAGGAACUGUACAUCAAGUGUGCCAAACUUCCUGUUCUUUAUUGUGACAGUCAAAGCGCAAUGCAUAUUGCGUCCAAUCAGGUAUUCCAUGAACGAACUAAACAUCUCGAAAUUGAUUGUCAUUUGGUUCGUGAGAAGCUUCAACAAGGUUUACUUGGACUCCUACCUAUUUCUACUCAUGAGCAGCUUGCUGAUUUUUUAACCAAGGGCAUUACCAACUUCAACCUUCAACAAUUUUAUUUCCAAGCUUGGUAUGAUCAACAUUCACCAUGCUUAGCUUGA